AUGCUGAAGCGUGGUGGAUCUCCGGCGGACAGCGAGCGCUCUAAGAAGAAAGGUCGCAUCUUGACCGGCAAAGCAGCCAUCUCUAAGCCGAUUAGUACCGAUUACGACACUGACGAUGCCCGCAUUAUCACGCUCAAGGAGCAAGGGUUCUCGGAUGAGUAUGUGGCGGAUAAGCUUGUCGAGGAGAACCGCAUUCGCUAUGUUCCCAAAUCGAUUGGAGCUCGUUGGCUUCGCUUGCGUAAGUUAUUCGAGCAAGUUGAGAACGAAAGACUUGACGAUGAACUGAGCGACUGGCAUAUUGGCGAAGAUCACCAUCUGCACGAAUCUGUCAAGCAUGCCGAGAAAGAAUUCGAGCGUGAUCUGAAGAGACUCGAGGAUCGUAAGUGGGCGCAGAUCGCCAAGCUCCUCGAAGGGCGCCUCAAGCGUAAGAAGUACUCUGGCAAGGCCUGCCGUGAGCGCUUCGCGGGGCUUACGAAUGGUGACGCACUUCUCCCUAUUGAGCUAGAUCCAGAUCAGGAGGGCCGCGAGCGCAUGCGGGAGGAUCGUAUCGCAGCAGCAAAGGCUCUCCGUGCCCAGCACACUACUAAGGCUCAACUCACGGAGAUCGAGAAGCAGCGUCGUGCCAAAGAGAGGAAAGCCGAGGCGCAAGAGAAGGCGCGCAUAUCAAAGACCAAGGAGCGCGAGAGGAAGGCCGCUAAGUUGGCCAAGGAGCGUGUCAAGGUUGACAGGGCUGCAGCAAGGAUAGCAAUUCGUGAAGCUAAGAAAGCCGCAACAUCACAGUUUCGGCUCGAGGAGCAGUGGCAGACCGAUCGUCAGAAGGCUGAGCGCCAGAUCUAUGCCAAGCUGACCGGU